UUGUGUCCUCAAAGGGCCAAGAAAACUGCCAUCACCCUGGACAAACCAGUGCUGUCAAGAGGGGCUAAGGAAACCAGAGACAGCUCCUGGCGCGUUGCAGACUGAGGCCCUGAUACAAAUGUAAAGAGUGUGCUGGAACCACUGUGGACUGCAGUUUGCCAUUGACAGGAAGUGGCUGAAUGUCCCCUGGAAGUGGGGAGCACAGCGUGUGGCAUAGCUGGAGGGCUGUGUCAUGGAAGAGAACACCAUGGUCUUUGGAGAGACAUGGGUCCAAAAGUAGGAGUCAUAGUGGCAUUGCACCACCUGAAGGAGAUGCCCUCAACCACAGAGCUAAUUCCCAAGACAGGCUGAGGAGGUGCCAGAAUGCUAUGACAAUGCAGUUCAUAAGCCAUCGGUUUCCUGAUUAUCAUGAUCCAACCAUAGAGGAUGCUUAUAAAACUCAAGUACGAAUAGAUGAUGAACCAGCUUACUUGGACAUUCUAGACACUGCUGGACAGGCGGAAUUCACAGCCAUGAGGGACCAAUAUAUGCGAGGUGGAGAGGGUUUCAUUAUCUGCUAUUCCAUCACAGACCGCCAAUCCUUUCAGGAAGCUGCAGAGUUUAAGGAGCUCAUUUAUCGUGUCCGGCACACUUAUGACAUCCCAUUGGUGCUGGUGGGAAACAAAAUAGAUCUUGAGGAGUUCAGGCAGGUCUCGACUGAAGAAGGGAUGAGCUUGGCGAGAGAGUAUUCGUGCUCCUUCUUUGAGACCUCAGCUGCCCUGCGCUUCUACAUUGAUGACGUCUUUCAUGGACUGGUGCGGGAAAUCCGCAGAAAAGAGUCCUCGCUGCCCCUGACAGAGAAGAAGAUGAAGAGGAAGGAUAGUCUGUGGCAGAUGCUGAAAGGAUCUUUGAAGAAGAAAAGGGAAAGCACAACCUGAUGGCACUUUCCAGUGGGCCACCUUUAAGGAGCUGAUCACAGUCAUCUGUAGCAAUUCCUAAGGCAGCAUUUACACAGCAUCUUCAGGGCCCAAUUCUGGAGUCCUUUCUCUGCUUUCAUUCAGUCCUUAUGCAGGAAUAACUUCUAUGAGGCCCAAUCUAUGGUUGCCCAGUGGCCCCUUUAUCCCAACAUAGCCAAUGCAGAAGGAGCCACAUAGAAGUCAGUUACCCUCCCCCUCACUCUUGGCACUGUAGGCCCUCUUGUGUAAGGUACAGAGGCAGUGGAGUGAACAUUGUACCUUUCCCUGCAUGAUCCCCAAGCAAGGGGUAUUCAAGGUCAUCAAGAGUAGGAAAGAGUAUUUUACGUACGGAGCAAUUCUCCAAAAAAGGCCAUUAAUGUACCCACCCUACACACACCCAAAUCAUAUAUCAUUUGAAAGCUUAUUUUAUAUACAUUUGGAUGAAUUAUGAGGUGGAGCUUUCACAUGGUGCCGUAAGCUGGUAGGCAUGGUGAAAUACUGGUACCCCAAAUAAAAAGUGUCAUGUUGUGCAUAGUUCCUAAACCAUUGCAACCUGACUAUAACUACAGUUUUUACUGUUCAUGCUAAUUUCAACAGCUUAGUGUGGGGUUCGUUGCUCAAAGCAAC